AUGUCAAAAGCAACGACAAGAUCUGAGGCUACUGCAGGCAAGCCAUCUACACAAAGCCUACUAACAGACCGCACUGUGCCUCGUCGACAGCGCACCAACUCUGUUCAAUCAUCCGACUCCGACCCAACCUCCUCCUCAGGCUCAUCUUCAGAGGAUGACAGUGAGAGCGAAGGGGAAGACGAACAACACUCCGAUCAAGAAAUGAAUGGUACCAGAGAGUCGAGUGUCCACGCACAUGCCUCUGAUCCCUCCUCACUACCGCACAUCGCCGGCCGCCCGAAACCGCGCAUACAUCGCAUGAAAGGCGAUUCAGAAAUCUUGUCGCGGCUUACCGCGUUCUUGCCAAAGAUAAAGGAUGCAAAUGAAGAUUUACAGAGGCAGAUUGAAGCUGGGAAGGCUGGGGAUUUGGUUCUUGAUAAUGCGGACGAGAAUGGGGGACAGUAUAUUGAGAUGGAUCUUGGUCUUGGGGUUUUGGAAGAGAAACGCGAUAGUGAUUCUUCGAGUGAUGAGAAGAGCGAUGAUGAAGAGUCUAAGGGUGCCACUGGGGCUGGGAAGAACCCCCAGGAGAUGAAUGACUCGGAUAUAAUUGGGAAGCUUAUGGGGGGAAAGAGUAAGAAAGCAGAUACAGAUAAGCCGUCUAUCCAGGAGAUGGCUGAGUAG